AUGCAACCCGCACCUCCGGGUUUCUCCAAAAGAAUGUCUCGGUUUCGCAGCUUUGGAUUGGGUGGCCAGGACGAGAACAGGAAUUCCGGAAUACAGGUGCGCAAAGAAGAACAAAAACGCAACGGCGUCGACGGCGAUCGGCGGAAAUCAGGUGUUGGGUGCCACCGAUCCAACUCCUUUUCGAUACUCGCAUCGCAUGCGCGGUCGCGGCGUAGCAACGCACCUAGAUUCUGGGCAUUUUCUGCUCUGUUUUUGGUGCAAGGCGUCUAUGACACUCUGGUGAAUCCUUUUCCAAGGGGGAUUGGAUGGCUGCGUGGAUUAGUGGUCGCGUGGUUUACAGGCUCAGAGCCGCCCCCCGGGAGCAGUCUUCUCACGCUUAGGACGGCGGAGUGA